AUGAACUGCGUGCACGAGCGGGCCAAGAUCGAGAAGUCCUACGCCCAGCAGCUCACCGACUGGUCUAAACGGUGGAGGCAGCUGAUCGAGAAAGGUACCAUGGCUUCUUCAUGGGCUGGUCGCCACAGGUCACCUGGGUCCCAUGUGUCCCCCCCUGCACCAUUACAACUUCACCUAGUGGAGGAGGUGAGGGACUGGCAGAAGGACGCCUACCACAAGCAGAUCAUGGGAGGCUUCAAGGAGGCCAAGGAGGCGGAUGACGGCUUCCGAAAAGCCCAGAAGCCCUGGGCCAAGAAGCUCAAGGAGCUGGAGACAGCCAAGAAAGCCUACCACCUGGCCUGCAAGGAGGAGAAGCUGGCAAUGACCCGAGAAGCCAACAGCAAGGCGGACCAGUCCAACACCCCCGAGCAGCAGAAGAAGCUCCAGGACAAAGUGGAAAAGUGCAAGCAAGAUGUGCAAAAGACUCAGGAGAAGUACGAGAAGGUGCUGGACGAGCUGAACAAGUGUACCCCGCAGUACAUCGAGAGCAUGGAACAGGUCUUCGAGCAGUGCCAGCAGUUUGAGGAGAAGAGGCUCAACUUCCUCAAGGAAGUGCUCCUGGACAUCAAGAGGCACCUGAACCUGGCCGAGAGCAGCAGCUACGCCAACGUGUACCGGGAGCUGGAGCAGACCAUCCGCCUCUCGGACGCGCAGGAGGAUCUCCGGUGGUUCCGAAGCACCAGUGGCCCUGGGAUGCCGAUGAACUGGCCCCAGUUUGAGGAGUGGAACCCGGACUUGACGCACACGAUAACGCGGAAAGACAAGCAGAAGAAGGGCGAGGGGGUGACCCUGACCAACGCCAGCAGCACGGGCGAGACGGGGGCAUCGGCGGGCGAGCGCGGGAGCGUGAGCAGCCACGACCGCGGGCAGACCUACAGCGCCGAGUGGUCCGAUGACGAAGGCAGCAACUCCUUCAACACCAGCGAGGCCAACGGUGGCACCAACCCUUUUGACGAGGAGUCAGCAGGGAAGGGCGUGCGGGUGCGGGCUCUCUACGACUACGAUGGGCAGGAGCAGGAUGAGCUCAGCUUCAAAGCAGGUGAUGAACUAACCAAACUCGGUGAAGAAGACGAGCAAGGGUGGUGCAAAGGGCGCUUGGACAACGGGCAGCUAGGUCUCUACCCUGCCAACUACGUGGAGGCAAUCUAAGUCUUGUGGUGUGCUCCUCAUCGCCGUCAGCAGAUAAAUCCACCCUCCGUUGUCUCCAUCUCUCCACCAGCCAACCAGCCAUUUUGCCGUCUGGUCCUUCACUCCUCACAGUUAGAGAUUCAGACAUAUUUUCCGACCAAGCUUUUAUUUUUUUAA